AUGUCAUGGCCUCGAUCGCAGCUUUCGGAAUUUGGUGAUCAAACAUGGUGCCCCUCAUGGUUUCAUCAGCAUGAACAAUUCUGUCUCACUCAACUAUGGAAUCUUAGAAUUCCGGGGUGGAGUCGCGGAAGUCCUGCGACACAGGCUUGUGCAGUGAUCAAGGAGCAUCUAAGAGAUCUUUCAUCAUUCACGGUUCUGGAUAUCUGCGCCGGUGCUGGUGGGCCUGCUCCAGUCCUCGAAUCGGAGCUUAAUAAAGAGAGAAAGGAUCCCGUUCAGUUUGUUUUGAGCGAUCUCUAUCCCCAUAUUAAAGAGUGGGAGAGGAUCUCGAAGAAACAUAAAAACGUGACAUAUAUCGGGACCCCCGUCGACGCUCGAGCGGUUCCCCGAUUUGCAGCGACCUCGAAGAAAGAGUGUCGAAUUUUCAAUCUUUGUUUCCACCAUUUCGACGAUAAAGAUGCAGCGGGAAUUCUGAAGAAUGCAAUUGAGUCCGCCGACUCAUUUAUCGUAUUCGAAAUCGGAGCACGAGACGUUUGGACUUGCCUAUGCUCGCUUAUCAUGUUCUUUUGGACUUUCUUGGUAACUCUUAUUUGGUACUGGAACUCGCCUAUUCAUCUAUUUUAUACGUUUAUCUUACCUGUGGCACCUCUGGCGAUUGGGAUCGAUGGGUUCAUCUCCUGCCUCCGAACCCGCACAGCAAAGGAAACCUGGCAACUGCUGGAUCAGCCAAGCCUUGACCUCACCAACUGGACCUUCCACAGCGGGCGAAAAGUUGUUUUGUUUCCUUUUAUCACUUUGUGUUCUACACAACCCCCCCUAACCUUCGCCCUGGUAAACCUGAAACCCAUCCUCCCGGGCCACGUCCUAGUCUCCCCACGUCGCGUCGUCCCACGCGUCACAGACCUCACCCCCGCCGAAACAAGCGACCUCUUCCUAACAGUGCGACGUGUGGGCCGCAUGGUCGAGCGCGUAUACGGUGCCACGAGCUUGAACAUCGCCAUUCAGGACGGCGUGCACGCCGGCCAGAGCGUGCCACAUGUCCAUGCGCAUAUCAUUCCGCGCAAGGCGGCUGAUCUGGAUCAUGCCGGUGGCACAGAUGCGAUUUAUGACUUGCUUGAUGGGGAUGAGGGAGAUUUAGGGAGGGUGUUUAAGAACACCGUUCCUACGGAAGAGGGGAGUCAGUCAGCCGAAAUUGGAAAUGGAAAUGCUGUGGAUUCAGGGAGGAGGUCUAGGUUCCCGGUUGUGGAUAAUGAGGCACGCAAGCCUCGUGGUGAAGAGGAUAUGAGGGCCGAGGCUGAGAUGUUGGCGCUGGAGAUGGAGAAUGUGCCUCUUGAUUAA